UGCAGUAAUGAUAUUUCUUAUUAUUCAAAAACAAAAAAAAAAGAAACUAUAAAUGAAGCACCAUCGUCGUAUAAAAAACUUCAUAUCAUUUGAGUUUUCUCUACUUGUUGCAACAUGUUGACAUUCAAGAAACAGUGUUUUUUCUUAUUCCAAGCUAUGGUGGGUUGCUUUGGUCCAUCGCCCUUGGAUCCAGGUGAAGGCUUGCGCAGUGGGAAGUGGAUGGUGAAGAAGAGGAAGGCUAUUCCCGGUAUUUUAAGACCUACCUUGCUUAUGCUUAUUUUGCAAAUGUGCACGGUUGAAGCACGAUCUGUGAAUCUUCCUCCAGAUGAAGAUAAAGCUCUACGUGAAAUUACAACACAACUGGGGAAAAAAGAUUGGAAUUUCACAGUAGAACGUUUCAGCAUUAACAAUACAAUCUGGAAGCGACCAGGCUUCGCUCAAAAUUACGAGUACAACAAUAGUGUCCUCUGCGAUUACACAGGCCUGGAUGAAUUUUGCCAUGUUUUUCACAUGUACACUUUCCAAGCUUGCUUCUGUUUGGUGAAAUUACGUUUUAAUACGGUGUAUUUUGGUAAUGAUUGGUAGUAGCUGUCAUGGAUUUUUUCCCACCGUACUU